AAAGUAGUUCAAGUAAGCUUAGGAGUUUGCAUGUCGGAUGAUGAACUUUGCACAGAUUUACCAUCGGAAAAGUAUUGGAAUUUAGUAGCUGAGAAGAAACGAAUAGAGUUAAAAGAUGCAUUAGAUGAAAACGAGAGGUUACACAAACUUAAAGAAUCACUAUUGGAGAAGAACCUACUUUACAAACAAAUGCUUGAAGAGGCUAACAGUUUUGUUGAUGUGUUCAAAGAAGUUGUGAGUGACACAGCCAAUGAUACUGGUAUUGAUGUAGCUGAUCUUAAUGAGUCAAAUGAUGAAUGAAGACUGAAUUUAUGUAUAAGUAUUUUUUAAUGUAUUAAUUUGUAAAAUCACAAACUUACUUAGUCCUAGAAUUUCUGUGUCCUAUUUAAUAUUUUUAUAUAAUUACAAUAAAUUAUAGUUUAAAAAAACUAAAAAACCACACUUUUAUAGCUAA